CACUCUAGCAUCUACGCUGAUUUCUUCUGCCGUGUCGCUUGACGAUGACGUAGUAGGCAACCGGUAGACAAGCGAGUUGUUUUUGAACCGUCUACCGGUACGGUCCACGGUGUAAACCGGAGAGAAGAGAGAGAAACGAGGCGUCCGCAGGGGAAGCUGCAGCGAUGCACGUGUCUGUGCGGGAAGUCCACGUCUCGUCCGAGCCGGACUCGUCCUUCUUCCUGCGGGUGGACUGGAAGGGGCGGGGCUUAGGUUCAGGCUUCCAGGUGCUGCUGACUGACGGACAGGACGCCUGGAGAGGAGACGUGAGCGAGGCGGGCGUGUGCCGGGAGGCGGAGGAGCUGGAGAUGCAGCCGGAGCGGUACGUGCAGGACCUGGAGCGGGCGCUCACCGAGACAGAGAGCUCCGUCACCUACAGCUUCACGCUGACGCCGUCUCCAGCCGCCCGCCGCUCCGCGCUCACGCUGGCGUACGAGAAGGUUCAGAAGGACAUCUCUGCCCAGUACUCCCAGGACGCUCAGACCGGGAGAACUAAAGCAACCUCCACCGGCUCCCCCUCAAACACAGAAUCUACUGAAAUACUUCUCCUCACAUACAACCUCGCCCCUCCAUUCCUCUCCGACCCCCCCACCCGCCUCCUCAAGACCAUCAGAACCAAGUCGGAGGGACAGAAAAAGGACAACUCAGCAAUAUCGAACCGGGCGGCCGGACAGGAAGAGGACGACUACACAGGAAGUACCGACGAGGAGCCGGAGGAAGUGAUGUCGUCUGCAGCCUCCGUGUCAUCGGCCCGGGGACGCUCUACUGCGAGCCCAUUGGACGACAGCCUUAAGGACAUCCCGGACGUCGCCCCCUGUCGCAAGCGGCGCUUCCGCCACGUGGAGGCGCCGGCCGCCGAGCCCCAGAGCUCCCAGAGAAAGAGUCUCCGUUUCUACUCUCAAACGCGGAGAAACUGGGUCCAAGUUCCUCCGAAAGCCAGCGACUGUAAACCGUGCCACAUGCAGAUGGCCGUGGGCGGUGCCAUCCCUCGGAGCCGGGGCCGGUGCCCAUUACCUCUCAGCUCGGGCCAGCUCCAACAAGCAGCAGCAGCCAGCUCUGUGUGGGGGCUCCUGAGUGCCCCGACGCAUGAGCUUAACCUCGCCUCUCGGGGUCGAAACCGCUCUCGUCACGUUCGCCCCUCUGCGCCAUGUGUUCGAGUCUCCGGUGGUCCUCCGCGGCAGGGCAGAGCAGAUCCUCCACUGAACAGGUCUCUUGUUUCCUCUUAA